AAACACAAAAAUGAAACGAAUAAAACCAAGUGGUGCCCAGUUCAAAAAAAUCCGUGCAAAAAAGCAACACACCAAAAAUUUGUCGAAAGAAUUUAUGUUAAAUUACGUGAAAAGUCAUAACAAGGAAAUCUCAGACACCUCAAAUAAUCCUUCGGUUUCUGAAUCAAACCUGGAAAAUCCAUCACAGCAUUUUAUAGACGAGUGUACAAGCGAUAUUGAAAAUGAGGCGGAAUCUUUAUCAAAGGAGAUUCUGGAGGUAGAAAACGCUGGACAAUCAUCUGUUGGAAUUGAUAGUGAAAAACAACAUGUAACAACAUUGUUGUGA